AGGUAGUGUUUAUGUGCGGUUAACUCCACUCCCAUCCAGGUAAUAAAAUGAAUGACUCAGUCCCUCCAGCACUCAAGAGCACUGCGACUCACAGCGAGUUUAGAAAAGUAGCAGCUCACAGAACCAUCUCACGUUAUUGCCUUCUUCAUUCUUUUUCCUCCCAAGUAUAGAAGAUGGGGAGAAAAGGAUACAAUUUCAAGAUGUUUCUCAAGAAAAACUGGCUUCUGCUCAGCACAGUGACGGCAGUGAUGUUGGGUAUUGGAUUGGGUGUCUUGGUGCGAGAAUAUGCUUCUUUCUCUCACCUGGAUAUUUACUACUUUGGGUUCCCUGGAGAGAUCUUGAUGCGAAUGCUCAAAUUAAUCAUCUUACCGCUCAUUGCUUCCAGCGUCAUAUCAGGUGUGGCAUCUCUGGAUGUAGGGCUUUCCACCAAAAUUGGUUUACGUGCUAUCACAUAUUACUUAUCUACAACAAUUCUCGCUGUCAUCCUGGGAAUUGUGCUGGUGAUGACAAUUAAGCCUGGAGUUUCUCAAAAGUCAGAGGACAAUGACAACAAAUCUGUUCAUGAGAUCACUACAUUGGAUGCAAUAUUGGACCUUCUCAGGAAUAUGUUUCCAGAAAAUCUUAUUCAGACUUGUUUUCAACAGUACAAGACACACCGCAAAGAACUUGAAAAGCCUCCAGAUAAACCUGAGCAAAACACCACCCCUGGUUCUCCAGUGACCGCUGUCAUGACAACUGCUGUGCGAGAGAACAUGACCGAGGACUACACAAUAGUGGGACAGUACUCCAAUGGAAUUAAUGUCUUGGGUCUCAUUGUCUUCUGCCUGGUCUUUGGGAGCAUCAUUGGUCAAAUGGGAGAGAGAGGACGAAUUCUGCGUGAACUUUUCGAAGCAAUAAAUGAAGCAACUAUGAAAAUAGUUAAAAUCAUUAUGUGCUACAUGCCUUUUGGAAUCAUGUUCUUAAUUGCUGGCAAGAUCAUUGAAGUUGAUGACUGGGAUAUUUUCCGAAAGCUUGGACUCUACAUGGUGACUGUGCUUUGUGGAUUUGCUAUUCACGGUAUUGUGUGCCUCCCACUGUUGUAUUUCAUUAUCGUGAGGAAAAACCCAUUCACAUUCAUGCUGGGGAUGGCCCAGGCUCUGGUGACUGCACUUAUGAUCUCCUCCAGCUCUGCAACUUUGCCUGUGACUAUUCGGUGUGCGGAAGAAAACAACAAAAUUGACAAGAGAAUCACACAGUUUAUGCUGCCAAUAGGAGCCACUGUCAACAUGGAUGGGAGUGCUCUCUACGAAGCUGUGGCCGCUAUAUUUGUUGCACAAAUGAAUGACUACACACUGGAUGUUGGUAAAAUCAUAACUAUCAGUAUAACAUCAACAUUAGCCAGCAUUGGCGCAGCAGGAAUUCCUUCUGCAGGCCCUGUUACCAUUUUGAUCGUCCUUUCUGCUGUGGGCUUACCAGCUGAAGAUGUUAUGAUUAUUUAUACCAUAGACUGGCUGGUAGAUCGCUUCCGGACUAUGAUCAAUGUGCUCGGGGACGCCUUCGGAGCCGGCAUAGUUCACGAACUCUCUGUGAAGGAGCUGGAAAGCAAUGACCUUACUUCUGACAGGGAAACUGUCAGCCCUUUAGACACGGAACCGAUGACAGAUGACAAUGAGUGUGAGAAAAAGUAUUGCAUUAAUGAGGGCUUCUCUGCUGAUAAAGAUGACUCCCUGUUGCACACAGAGACUUCUCGGGUUUAGGGAAAGCAGAGAGCACAAUUAGGACAACGUUAUUGCCGUUAAAUGUCUAAUUCUGUACUCGAUCAUAUAAGAAUGAAGGUAUUACUAAAUUGUUUACCAUGUGUUCUUUUAACCCAAGUUGUUAACAUGAAUGCUAUCCCUGGGAAGCAAUUUGGAAGGUGUUAAUAUGCAACUGUGUCUGACUCAAGCUGGACAAUUUAGGUGUUUCAGUACAUAAGGGCAGAAUGGCUGUAAAUAUGAGGAGGCUGUUCAUCUCAUCUAACCUGUUUGGUUGUUAGUAACUAAUUGAUCCCAGGAUCUCAUCCAAUCAUUUUAUCGGCUUUAAAGAUAUGGCUUCUGCUCUUACAACCUUUUGGGUAAAGCUGUGUCCAGUUUAAAAUGCACUUACAUAUAGUGCUCACUUGUUUUCUCAUGUUUGUUUUCCACUCUGCAUUCUUAAGAUAUCUGAUGUGUCCACUUUGCCAUUGCCUUUGAAAAUUUUGAAUACUUGAAUCAGGUCCCCUCUUAGUUUUCUGUGUCUAAAACUAGAUUCAGUUCCUUAGACCAGUGUGGGACAUUUCUAUUUAUCCUCAAAUAUACUGGUAGCUAUACGGUAGCUAUUCAAUGCAGGAAUGCCUUUUCUAAAAAGUAGUGAUAAAAAUUGAACACAGUAUUCUAAAUGAGAGCUUACUAGUGCAUAAUGCGAUUUCAACAUAACAUCCCUAGAUUUAAAUUUUAUUCUUCUUAUUAUAUUGUCUAUGUUUCGCUUGCCUUUUUAAUUGAUUCAUCACAUUGUCUUGAAGACACCGAAGUCAUAAGUAGCUUCUUCUGUCUCAGGAUUUCCCACUUACUGUACAGAAAAAUGUCAGAAGAACUCACUUUUUUGAGCCCGUACUGAGUGUGUACCAGGAUAGGACUUCUGCUUAACUUUUGAACAUUGCCUGAAGAAUCAUUUGUGUUCUAUAACUUUACACAACUAACUUGUGUUACAUCGGAGAGUAACUAUGAAUCAACUAUAAAUGAAUUAUGAUUAUUAGACCUGAAAUAUUGGAUUUAGAAAAAAAAAGCAUAACUAGCUGGAAUUCUUAUUUUAAUCCUUUAAUUUACCUUUGAAUUUGUCGCUUAAGAAACUACUGUAAGUUGGAUCUAAAUUACACAAUGUAAUUGAGGCUGGCAGUAGGUGUUCACAGAACUGGGUUUAAAGAUGAAAGUGAGCUGAAGAGAGAAAUACCAUCUUUCUUGCUUCUGAGCCAGGAUUCUGACAGGAAGCUGUUGGCAAUCAAGGCACGACUGCUUUUUGAGGCUUUUAGAAACACAAUUUAUUAUUGUAGGCCUUUUCUUAUCCUCAGCAGUUUCAUAACUUUAAUUUAUUCCCUUUCUUGUACUGUAGGUCAAAGGCGUACAUUGAAAAGAAUUUGAAGGACACAGAAAGUGUUGUAACAGUUCAAAAACUAAUGAGAAGGAAAUCAAGGCCAAUCAAAUUAAGUUCCUUUGUCUCUGUAAAGAUUAGAAAUAUAGUGAGGGAGGGAGUUUUUUUCUGGGAAAAAAUUGAUUGUUUUAAAAUUAUUUUUGUACUGUUUCUUUUCCCCAAAAUAAAAUUGAU